CAAAUACCCCAGUUAUUAUCUAGCUCUAGAAAAACCCAGUCACACCUGAAAACCAUUUUGGCUGAAUCUUUCCUCAAAUUUUCGUCCGAUAUAGACGGGCCUCCCGCUCCCCCAAGAAUACGGCUAAUAGUAUUAAGCUUGAAAGCGCUAAUAUCUUAAAAAACAGUAUGCUUGGUUUUUUUAAACAGCGCAAUUUUUAAGGAGUGAUAAAAAAAUUGGGGGUGCGGGAUGAACCCUUUCACCCAAGAAUACAGCUCAUAGUAUUAACGUUGUCCCUUUAUUUUUUUUAAAACAUGGCAAAUAAUAGUGUGAAUUGUGCAUCCUAUGGUCAAGAAGGUCAUGGUCGUAGAUCCCACCUAGAUGUUCCUCUAAAUACAGUAAAUCUAAAUACGAAUGUGCCAUCAUCAUUGAAUAACCAUGACAAUGCACUAAACAACCCAGCCUCAAUCACUGUGGACAUGGAGGUAGACGAACCUGAGUUCAUUUCAAGUCAUGAGCCAGUCCAAGAAAGAAUAGUCCGCUGUUCAACAUGUCAACAACUUGGGCAUUUAAGAAAAACUAGCCAGAAUUGUAAUCGUGUCUACCAAACUAUAAAUCAAGCAAAGCAAACUAAAAUAAUGCCCAGUAGACAUGGUUUGGGAAGGAUGACCACUAUGUGUUCUAACUGCAAUGCAUCCAUGUGGGUCGAAAAAAGAUCAGAAGCUGGUCUUGACCCAGGCAGGUUUCAACUCUGUUGUGGAUUAGGUAAAGACAAAGUGACACCAUUUACCCUACACCUGGACUUAUAUCCAACGUAAUACGCGGAAAUGAUCAAAGAAGCAAGGCGUUUGAAGACACAUACCGUCUUACAACAAUACCUUAAGCUUUACGUUGCAGAGACCA